AUGGGGCUACCAUUCUUGGUUGGGGAGCCGGGAGAAGCCAUAACUGGGGCGAUCUCGGAGCUCAUGAAUCCCAUGGGUCUCCUAAUCGCCCUUAUCGGACUUCUGGUGGUGAUACAGUUCCUUUCGUCGGAUCGAGGGUCGUUUCUCACCGGCAUCUUCAACACCGGCGGACCUGAUUCCAUCCACCGCCUCAGCGGAUCUCCGGUAGGUGUAGGUCUCUUCCUCAUCAUUGUCAUCUUACUCCUCUACAACCGUGUUUCCAUAUUCAGAUUCUCCGAUGACUCCGGUGCUCCCUCCUCCAUUUCAUAUCGCUUCACAUCUUCCUUUCUUCCCGAUUUCGUGCUGCUUCUAUUGUCCCCAAUUCUCUCUCGUUUUCCCCCAAGCUUCGCCGUGCUGGGAUCCGCAGUAGAAGAUCGUUUACCAAAUCCCUCUGUGUCUGUGUGUGCUUCUUUCGCUCUACAGGCUCUCAUCUUCGACUGCGAUGGUGUAAUCCUCGAAUCCGAACAUUUGCACAGAGAAGCCUACAAUGAUGCCUUUGCACAUUUUAAUGUCCGUUGCCCUUCCUUUGCUUCUGAAACCCUUAAUUGGGACCCUGAGUUUUACGAUGAGCUUCAGAACCAAAUAGGUGGAGGAAAACCUAAGAUGAGACGGUAUUUUAAGGAGAAUGGCUGGCCGUCUUCCUCAAUCUUUGAAACCCCCCAGAAAACGAUGCUGAUAGAGCUAAGUUGAUCGAUGCAAUUCAGGUUUGUCUGCCGAUGUUCUCUUGAU